AUCGCGGUGAGAGGUGAUGUGCGGUCAUCGCUCGUGUGACGUGUGUGGCGUGUUGCUUGGCAUACCUACCUGAAGUUUAUUUGUUUAGCAUCCUCGAAAUAGAUAUUGAUUGAAUAAUAUUACAACAGUCGAUAAAGAUUAGUGAAUGAGUUUUUACAGAUGAAAGUUGAAGAAAAGUGAAGAAUUUGCAAACACUUGUUGGUCUUGAUUAGUUAGGUAGUUUGUGAAUCGCUAGGUAAGGUAGGCUUUCUGAGACCCAAACAAGUUUCGUGCUUUCUGUUGUGGACGUAGACCUGUCAAAGUGACUGAGCAGUUUCCUGAAACUUAUAUAUUAACGUUUUCUCAGUCAGUCAGUGGUUGGACCGGUGGUGGUUUUAUUUAUCGUUGAAAUUUACAUUUGUGUUCUUUGGGGCGUUAGGGCACUGCGGCGCAAUGCUGAGAAGUGAACGUCGUUGAAACUUGGUUGCAAAAUUUCAGUGAAUAUUUUCAAUAAAGAAAGUGAACCUCUUACUAAAGUGUUGAUCCAGCCGUCAACGAGGACUAAGGCCGCGCCUAAAAGAGUGGUGGCCGUGGUGGACAUAUUGCGGUGGUAUGGUGCAGCGCUGGUGACCGUGCUCACCAUGACUUAUAUGGCCUCAAGACUCGUCAUGGCCAUGGCCGCCUGGUUGUCCAUCGUAUCGUCCAUCAUCACACACAACAUCAUGACCGCCGCCGAGCCGCGCAACAACAACCAUCAUCGUUCGUCCGCCGAGUCCACCAACGUUUUUGACCUCCACACUCUCUCCCCGGGUCGUUUUGACCCAGUUGAUGGCUUUGACCCGCAUUUUUCCCAUCCUCCAACCAACUCUUAUGAUCGCUCGUCAAACGUUUAUGACAGUGGACGUCAAACAAACGUCUACGAUAGUGCCCGACAAACGAAUGCGUUUGGUAUUGCCCGAAAGACAAACGUUUACGGCAGUGCUCGACAAACAAACGUUUUCGAAAGCGGGCGAGGAUCUAAUUCGUACAACAACGGCCGACAAAGCGGCACACACGAUAGCGGAACUCCGACGAAUGUGUACGACAACGGCCGACAAAGCGGCACGUACGAUAGCGGAACUCCGACGAAUGUGUAUGACAACGGCCGACAAGCCGGCACGUACGAUAGCGGAACUCCGUCGAACGUGUACGACAACGGUCGACAAAGCGGCACGUACGAUAGCGGAACUCCGACGAACGUGUACGACAACGGCCGACAAACCGGCACGUACGAUAGCGGAACUCCGUCGAACGUGUACGACAACGGCCGACAAACCGGCACGUACGAUAGCGGAACUCCGACUAACGUGUACGACAACGGCCCGGCGUCGUUCUCGUCGCAAUGUCCCCCGCGGUGCGCCUGCUUCGGCGAGACCGUGGACUGCGCCAGGCGAGGGCUGACCAGCAUGCCGAGGGGUGUCCCGCCAGAGACCCAGAGACUAGAUCUCCAAGGAAACGACUUGACUGUCAUCUACGACUCUGAUCUGGCCAAUCUUCGCCGACUUCGCAUUCUACAACUUCACGACAACAACAUCCACACGAUCACCGCUGGGUCGUUCCGCGACCUGCAAUCCCUCGAGAGAAUGUAA